GCGUCGUCGCUGCCAUUGCGGACCGCGGACGCGGACUGACUUGACCGGCCCAGCGGACCUACGGUGGCGGGGCUCCACCCCAAGCCGGCCUCGGCUCCGCCCCUCUCCCCAUUUUCAUUUUCGCGCGCUAGGAGCGAUAUAACCUAGGCGGGUUGGCACCGGAGACCGCUCUGUUUGCAACGUUUCCUCUUUACCUCCUCCAAGAUCCGCGGUAGACACGAUGGCUGAUGAGUUGGAGUCUUCGGUGCGGCAGGGAGCAGGUGAUGUAGAAGACGAAGAAGAAAAUGACCACGUAGAUGCCAGACCCGAUCGAUCCUCCAUCAUGUCAGUGCUCUGGAAAAAGAAAAAUGCAUCAGAGAAGUCAAACCAGUCCCUGCAAGACCAUAAGCGAGUAGUCGUGCCCAAAUUCCAAUAUAAUAUGAAUUACAAGAAGGUUGGCAAAUGCAUCAUAAUAAAUAACAAACACUUUGAUGAUAGAACCCGCAUGGGUACAAGGAAUGGCACGGAUAAAGAUGCUGAAGGACUAUGCAAAUGCUUCAGAAACUUAGGAUUUGAUGUGACAGUUUAUAACAACCGCUCUUGCUCUGACAUGCAGAGCCUGCUCAAACAAGUUUCUCAAGAGGACCAUAGCGACUCGGCCUGCUUUGCCUGUAUCCUUCUGAGCCAUGGAGAAGAGGACCUAAUUUACGGGACAGAUGGAGUCACUCCAAUAAGAGACCUGACUAUCAACUUUAGGGGAGAUAAAUGCAGGACCCUCUUAGGGAAACCCAAAUUAUUUUUCAUUCAGGCUUGCCGAGGUUCUGAGUUUGAUGAUGGGAUCCAGACGGACUCCGGACCUAUAAAUGAUACAAAUGCUAAUCCUGGAUGCAAGAUACCGGUUGAAGCCGAUUUUCUCUUUGCCUAUUCAACAGUUCCAGGCUAUUAUUCAUGGAGGAAUCCAGGAAAGGGCUCUUGGUUUGUGCAGGCCCUCUGCUCGGUCCUGAAUGAGGACGGGAAAAACCUGGAGAUCAUGCAGAUCCUCACUCGAGUGAACUACAGAGUGGCCAUGGACUUUGAAUCUCAGUCCGACGACCCGUCUUUCAAUGAGAAGAAACAGAUUCCUUGUAUGGUCUCCAUGCUCACCAAAGAACUCUACUUUUGACAAUGCACCCAACUGCAGCAAGAUUUCAAUCAGAAACUAUUGAUCUUUCUCAUUUAAAAAAAAAACUUUUAAUUUGUUUUGAUGUUACAAUCGAUGAUCUUAAAUCUCCAGAAGUGUUUAAUUGCAGGGAAAAUCAUCAGUCCAGUGGAGAACAUUUCUAAUAUUCCUUGGUGCUUUUGUGAAUUUUCGAUGGGACUAUAAUUUCUUAAUUAUAGUUUUGUUUCAUGACCGUUUGUAAUUAUCUCAGGAUUAAGAGAUAAUGGCCAAAGGCUUUGUUGAUGAUUUCUUUUAAAUCUUUAUGGAAUGUGAUGCAAACAACAAAAGUGACCUCUCGGUUGGAUGUUCAGGGUGUGCCUCUUGCUUGUUAAUGAACAUGUAAAGAAAUACACAUCUACAUCACCAAAUAAAAUUGCUGCUGACAGCCUUGGAAAGAAUCA